GUUUCGAGUUAAAAAAAAAAGAAAAAAAAGAAUCCCUCUGCAUUCAAGAGUAGCUGGAUAGAUGGAAGCAUUACCCACAUACUAAGUAAUAUACGGUGUAAUAGCUUUUUACUACAGAAUUUAAUUUCAGACAUCGCAAAAGAAAAUCCACAGAAGUUGUCAUAAAUAUGAAAACCACGAUCUCCCAAUGUGAAUCAUCUACAGAUGCACUUGACACAUUACACUUUCCCUCAGUUUAUUGAGGAAAUUUAGAGAUUUAUUUUGUAUUUUAACAGUAAGCUCCCCCACAAAGAAGACUAAAUUGUGUGCCGUAAUAACUACAAAUCAGUUCCAGAAGCGUUUUGUCCCUUGACUGAAGAAGACAGAGGAGGAAGAUUAUUAAAACUGGUGGUUAGCAGUGCCCUCUGGAGAGUUAUUUCCCUUACAAGCCAAGAUGGCAGGCAUUAGCCCAGAGCUGGCAUCUCUGAUGAAAAAAGGGAAAUCUGCCAUAGCUGCCCACUUUAAGACAGCAUUUGCCGAGGAUAAAUUGUUAAACGAGUUAUUGAACACAGUGUUCAACCCAGAAAAGGCAAUUGAUGACUAUGAAAAUCUUGAAUGGUAUCGUUUCCUGAUCGCUGGUGGUAAAAAGUUCGAGGAUUAUGCAAACCUAGUGCGUAUUUAUGACAAUGCGACAACAUGUGGCCUUGUGUGGACUGCAAAUUUUGUGGCCUAUAGGUGUCGUACAUGUGGUAUAACACCAUGCAUGUCACUCUGCUCCAAGUGUUUUCAGGCUGGAAAUCACGAAGGACACGACUACAACAUGUUCCGUAGCAAGGCUGGAGGAGCUUGUGAUUGUGGAGAUGCAAGUGUAAUGAAUCCUGCUGGGUUUUGCUCCCGACACCUUCCUGGACCUAACCGAUACCAGUUGGUUCCACCACGUGAAGUGAUGGCACUACCAGAAGUAGUCAUGCCACGACUAUUUAUCCGCCUGCUAUACCACUUAAGAGAAUUUGCUAAAGUAGAGGCUGCCGAUAUCAGUCAGAUAGCAAUGCAAGAUGCAGACUCUUAUUUAAGUUUCCUGCACAGUCUUUGUGAGAUGGGUGCUGUCAUGAUGAAGCAGAUGGGCAAAACUCUUACUGAUCCUGUAAUCUAUGAGAAAUUCACUCAGAGUGAAGGUUGCUACCACUCAGAAAGCCAGAAAAAUUAUUUACAGGCUGUGAAAGAGAUGACUUAUCCUCCAUCAUUUGAUGUCUUUAGCAACAAAAUCUGUUUGGACCAGAAACUACUGCACACCACAAUCUUGGAUGAAUUAGUCUUUUGGAUGGUCAAGUUGGAAUUACCACAGAAGAUUGUUACGUUAUUACUAAGUCUUCUGCCAGAUGAUCAUUACAAGCAAGCCUUUACAAAGGCUUUUGUGCAGCACUACAGUCGAGUAUCAUUGGUUGUGGUCAAGUCUAAAGACCACUAUGCAGUAGCACAUCGUGUGGUCCACAUCAGUGUUCAGUUGUUCAGCAAUGAAACGUUAGCAAGGACCAUGUGCAAAGACUACAACCUGCUCUACAUCCUUGUCUUCAGUCUACGCCACAUGGUGGAAUCUGUUUUCAUGCAGAGUACAUUACAGAACAAUUUCAAGAACUUCCAUAAUGUCGUAGACUGUGAUUCUAAAGCCAUGAAAGAUCAUUGUUAUUGGCCAAUUGUUAGUGAUUUGAUCAACUUGUUGUCUCAUCAUACCAUUGCCUUGCAAUUUAUGGAAAAUGUUAACUUGGUUAAUACAUGGCUUUGCUUGCUUGUUUAUUUCCAAGGUUGUAAUUUAAAUGAACGAGAACUUACUCAGCAUGUUGAAUUUGAGCCAGACACGUAUUAUGCUGCUUUUUCUGCUGAACUUGAAAUCUCGGCAUCUCCAAUGUCGUAUUUGAUCUCUCAUUGUAAGGACAGUAAAACUGCCCAUUGUACAAAAGCAAUAGUCGCUGCUUGUCUGGAAACUCUUGAAGAUUGGUUUGAGUCGAUUAAUUUUGAUGCAAAUAAAGGCGACAAGACAAGUUACCUGCAGCUGGCUUUCCACCUGCCUCUUCAUCGUUACCUAGCUGUAUUCUUGGCUUAUGCUGUCCAACAUCAAGCUGUACCUAUCACACAAAUGUUACCUUCUUAUUCAAAGCUGAAGAACUUGUUGAUGUUUCCACUGCGAAUUCAGGCUGGAAUUGCUGAAAUCAAUGCUAAUUUAUGGCUAAGAAAUGGUCUGCAGAUCAAAGGACAGGCAAUGACUUAUGUUCAGUGCCAUUUCUGCUAUUCUAUGUUAGAUGCUGAUCUUUACCUGAUACAGGUGUGUGCAGCCCAUCUCCCACCUAACGAGUUUGUGAGAAUUGUUAUCGAGAGCUUUCAUCUUACAAACUGGCUCUUGUUAUGCCCUAAACCAAUCAAAAUUGGUUGUAUAUUGGAAUCCGAACAAGAACUGGCAUUAGUGGAGAGUGCCUUAUCUUUCCUAGCUAUGUUGCAGUCCGUACGCACCUAUCUGGGUAUCAGUGAGAAGGAGUUAGUCCGUGUUGAGAUGGUGGCUUUGCUUUGUGUUAAUGACCGCACACACAGCCAGUUGAUGGAUUCAAUGCCAGAGAAGUCUGGAUUAGCUGUUCAUGAGAAAUGUUACUUUGAGUCUACCUUGAAAGCAGUGGCAGACUACAAAGCACCAGUUCUUGAAUCUGGAGGAGGUUUACAGCAAGGAACCUAUAUGCCAAAAGGUUUUCUUUGGGAUCAAGAAUUUGACCCUAUCCAAGUGUCAACUCGAGCUGUCUACAAAAGAGACAUUCAGUCUGCCAUGGACCGGUACCAUGCCUAUCUUAAGCAAUCUGGGAAAUACACAGGUAAAAGCACCCCAUGGCCACCGAUAAAGAUUCCUGGUAAGAUUCUGCCAGCUUAUGAUGGUCUCAGAAGAAUGUUACAUUGCAGAACACUGCAUGGUUUUAUCUUCUCUGUUUUGUACAAGGCUAUGAAGGAAACCCAUAUCUCUGAGACUAUUCUCUACUUUUGUGUCUUCCUCUUGGAACUGGGCACCAGAUUUCCUGCAACUGAAAUUCAGGAAUAUCGCUGCAAGAAACAGGUCAAAGAUGGUGACUAUGAAAAUUGGUUCCCCACUGACUGUCUGCAGACAAAUGCAGCUCACAGAAUUCAAGAGAUACUCAUUUCUGAUUUCUCAAAUCCAGAUAAAGAUCCCAGUCCUAUGUCUUUUGUUGCAAAUAUAUUUUCUAAAGACUUUGGUGCUGCCUCAAAAUUAUUCACUACCACGAAUCCUAACUGUUCAAAUUCCUCUAAUAAUGUGGAUGAUGAAGCCAGUGGCCAGAUGCACAUUAAUUGUGAUUCUAAGGAUGAAGUCGAAGAGAAAGAUGAUACCUGUAGACGAGAGAUUGUGAAAGAAAGUCUGAUCUCGUUACUGAUGAAACUCCAUUGUAAGUUGUCUGCUAAGAAACAACCUUCUUACAUCCCCACCUCAAUGAGGAAGUGUUCAGAACGGUCAUCAGCGGACCAAAGUAAUCCUUCUGCAAACUGCGGUGAUGGACCUUACUAUAUUGGUCUCUUAUUGGACCGACUUGCAUCACAGGACUAUUCCUGUUUACAAGAAACAGAAAGAAUUUACCAUGAAACAAAACCUAAAGUGAGAGAGAAACAACAGCCGCAAGAAAGAGGCACAGCAACAUCAGAAGAUCUCGAAAAAGAGGAAAGACGGAAGAAGGCACGGGAACGGCAGCAGAAAUUAAUGGCAGAGUUUGCUUCCAAACAGAAAGCUUUCAUGGAACAAGCAAUGGACAUGGAUGAUAUCAGUGAAGAUGUCCAAGAUAAUGGUGAGCAGUCAGUGUUAGAAGAUGGUUUCCAUUGUGCCAUAUGCAGUCAGACUAUGCCAAGUACUUCAGAACGUCCUUUUGGCAUUGUGGUUCUGCUAUUGUCCACUAGUGUUCUUGGUCAUUGUCCAAGUCAAGAACAACGGCGACAUUUGCCAGUUGGGAAGAUGAAGUUCAAACGUGUACCGUUGUCUUGUGCAGAUAUUAGGAAACAACAUCUUAACCUUAUAAUGAAAUAUUAUUCAGAGACAUCUGUUUGUAAAUCUGUCAAUAUAGGCUGGGAAGGUGGCGUUUUAGUACAAUCUUGUGGCCAUUACCUUCACCUGGAUUGCCAUAAGCAGUACUUAGAAUCAUUAAAGGGGCCAUAUCUCCAACAGACUCUGGCUGUGAACGAUGGAGAGUACUGGUGUCCUGUGUGCCGUCAGCUUGCAAAUGCUGUCAUUCCUAUAAUUCCUAACGACAGGAAACCAACACCAAUUCCUCCACCAACGGAUGCUAACAAUCUGCAGAAAAUGGCACAAGACAUUGAACAGUUACUGCAACAACAGGCACAAGCCAGUUUGUUUCUAGCCCAGAAGUGUUCUUUGAUCGAUGAAUUAACCAAUGCCACUCACCCCAUGUACAGGAAAUACUGUGAUGACAAUUCAGCCAACAUCUGGCUCUUCACUUGUUCCAUUAUCAGAACUAAUUUGGAAUUGGAACUUCUAGGCUAUGGUGGUCAGUUAUUUACCAGGGAGUCACCUUCAAGUAAACCUAAAGUUUUCAUGCCACUUUUCCGUAUGUUGAGUUAUUCCUGCAAAACCUUACCUCCAGUGCCCCAGACUGAUCUUUGGAAAUUAAUUACAGGUGUGGCUGUGAUAGGAGAUAGUAGCUCUUCAUUUUCAAGUGUUCCUGGUCAAGUGCCUAUUUUGCUGAGAGACCCUGUGGCUCUGCUUUUGAAUUUCUUACUUCAGUUGCCAGAAGUCAGUAAACAGCAUUUCAGUUAUGUGGUGAACUCUCUGUAUAACAUGGCCUAUAUCCAAGCGAUGGUGGUGACCAGCCUGAAGUUGACUUCUAAUGAAAGAGUAGCUUGGUGUAAAAAACGCAUGAGUGAUUCCUUGCAAGAAGUCAGUGGAAUGAUGAGUCAUGUCAUUACACGACUGCAACUCAGUCAACUGUACGAUGAGAAAGAUCAGCAACUUGGGUGUAUAUCGCAGUGGAUCUGGAGUCCAGACAGUAUAGAAAAUGUUUUACAGUCAUAUUUGCUUCCUUAUUUAAGAAUUGCUGCACUCUUACAGCGACAUUUAUUUGAUGAAGAAUUCCCACAGAAAAAGUAUCCAUCUGAAUUUACCUACCUCUGCCACUACCUCAUGUUAGGUGGAAAGUCUUGUGAUAGCCAGCCAAGCGCAUCUGUUGAUACUCAAUCAGGAUUAUCUAUUCCUCGCAAAAUAGAAGAAACUCAACGAACUGAACAUUUUGUUCAAUUCUGUGUACCUGAGAUUUUACCAAUCACCCGGUUCUGGCUACAUGAAUUAGCUACAGCAAUUGAUGGACCUCCUUCUCUCAAGAAUCAAGUAUGUCACCCCAAAUCACACUCAUGUCUUCAACUCAUACAUAGAUGCAUUAAGUCAUACGAGUAUUUACUUCCUUCAAGUUUUUUUUUCCAUCCACCAAGGCUUGUGGAACUUCCUGAUCAAUACUACAAAAUAUUCCAGGAGUACCGCAACAAAACCUGUAUGAUUUGUAACAAAAUUCCUCGAGAUCCAACGAUAUGUUUAAUAUGUGCAGAGUUUCUCUGCUUCCGAGAAGCUUGCUGUGAACAUGAAUCAGUUCGAGAAUGUGUACAGCAUUCAAUAACUUGUGGGGCUGGAACGGGUGUGUUUCUGUUGGUAAACUCAAGCAUAGUAGUUGUGAUCCGUGGCCAGAGAGCAGCACUUUGGGGAUCAGUCUAUCUCGACAAACAUGGUGAGGAAGAUGAAGAACUGAGACGUGGAAAGCCUCUCUACCUAAGUGAAGAACGUUAUCAGCUAUUGGAGCAGCAAUGGCGUACACACAAUUUUGACCAUGCCUGCAAACAGUGGAUCUGGCACAAGAAUAACUUAUGACCUGGACUUAAACUGCUCUAGCAGUUGCUGCCUUUGCUCACCAUUAUAAUAAUAAUAACAAUGAUGAUGAUGUUAGUGUUGCUGCUGUUGUUGUUGCGGUUUUUGUUGUUGAUAAUAUUUUGUUUUCUUCAGUUAUUUUUUUGUUAUUGUUACUCUCUCUCUCUCUCUGUUGCACCUCCCCAAUUUUAUUCUCUCUUCUCCCAUCUUUGGAACCCUCUAACAAAGACUAUUUUUAAUUAUCACUGGUGCUGUUCUUGUUAUUAUCGUUGCUGUCCUCUCCAGUCAUGACCCUCCACCUCUAAUAAUUCCCCCUCCCCUGUAAAUUCUCUCCCCUCACACUUUACCUCACGUCAUUGAACUACGACUGCUGCUGCUGUUGUUAUUGUUGUCUUGCCUAUCAUUCCUGCUCCUUGCCUUUUUCAUUGUUACUAAAGAAUCCUGUUGUUGUUACCUGUUUACUGUGAUGUUGGGAACUGCAUGGCAAGGGGAGGCCUGCUAUGCUUUACUCUCAAGGAACAAAAACUCUGCCUGUUGGACAUAUGAACGUAGAAAGAUGAGGACUGUGCGAAUUUCCGAGAGAGGGAGAGAGAAGGAGACAGUGGGUGUGUGUGUGUAUUUAUGUAUAUAGGAGAAAAUGAAAUGUCUGUUGUAUACGUAAAUGAGUGUUUGUGUAUGUGUGCAUGUAUGUACAGUGCUGUAUAUGUUUGUGUAUCUGGUGGCGGCAGGGUGUGUAUAUUUUUAUCUCUCCAUUUACACUCUCUCUCUCUCUCUUUCUUUCUUAAGUCUUUCGAUUUUUUAAAAAAUGAUUCCUCUUACCCUUGUUAUUUUCCCACUUCACCCCAUUCCUCACAUUCUUUUUUCCUUUCCUAAUUCCAUCUCCCAUAUUUCUCUCUUUCCCUACACACACACACUCUUUCCUUUCCCAGUCUUCAAUUUGUUUUCCUUUCAUUUAUUCCUCCUCCUCUUCGGCUUCCUAAGAGCAUUCAUACUUUCUUGUUCUUAUGUAGCAAAUGUGUUAAAAAUGUAUAAAUUUUUUUAAACAGCACCAAAAGACAAGCGCAACAGCAGCAGUAGCAGCCACCACCACCUCCACCACAACAACAACAGCAAAUAUACCACUGAAUUUCUUUGAACUUGUAUUCUAGCCAAACUGUAUAUUAAAUCUAUUAAAAGAACAAAAAAUAUUGUUUCUUCUUCACAAUAAAAUAUAUAAUAAUAAUAAUACUAAUAGAGAUGAAA